ACAGAGCGAGGCCAGGGAUUGAACCUGCGAUCUCAUGGUUACUGGUCAGAUUUGUUUCCGCUGUGCUGCAACAGGAACUUUGAAUCUUCCUUGUUAUGGUCACUCUUGUUUCCUGGACUGGCUGAGGGCUGAAUGCAGAAGUGGCAACCACCUGAGGCUGCAGCCCUCAAGGCUCUUAGCAUUCAGCUGGGGAAAGGCAGAUUCCUGGGAAGAGCGCUUUAGGUGCCCCAGGGAUCUGAGUUCAAAUCAUCCCUCUCCCCCUGAUGGUGGCCCACGCCCCUUCCGCUCCCCAUUCUGGCCUUUUCUCGGUAAAAUGAGGGUGGUUGCCAGGAAGUUGGUAAAGCGGCCUUUUGUACAGGUGAGCCGAUGGGGGCAGCAAGGUGCCAUGGGGAGGGACAGGACAGGGUUUGAGUCUGGCCUCCGUCACUGCCCUACUGUGUGCUCGGGGGUGCUCACUGCCUUUCCCUGGGCCUGUAAAGCUCAGGAGUUAGAGACAAUGGUUUCUGUGGCCCCAUCAGGCUCUGCCCUGUGAUGGUCUAGGACACCUGUGAAGGGGGGGUGUCUGGGAGGGGGAAGAAAGAGUAAAGAACUGACUUUUAUGAAGCAUCUCUGAUGUGCUGGCCCUGUGCUGAGUGCUCAGUGCCUUGACUAUGCAGAUUCAUUGAAUCUUGGAUCUGAUGAGGGGAGGGCUUUUAUUCCUACUUAGAAGAAGGCUCAGAGAGAUGAAGAGACUGGCCUAAGGUCACACAACAAGGAUAUGUUCGUGCCGCCUCUGAAGCCCAUGGACUUCCCUCAGGCAGCCUAGGGUAAUCUACAGCCUCCCCUCUGCCUGCCACGCACACACCAAGGAAGGGGCAGCUGGGGAGCAGGGGGAUAGACAGGGGAGUGGGAGCCCAAGACCCAGUCUUUGCAGCCACAUGGACCAUGGAGGCAAAAUCACUGUUCCUUUCCGGGAGGCUUCUGGCCCCAGCAGGGCCUGGACUUGAGUCUGCAGCUAAGCAAUGCUCCUUCUCAUCCUGAUCCCACUGGCCCCCAGGGGGCCAUUCACCCCACUCCCCGGACCUCUGGCUACAUCAGCAGCCAGGACUCUGGGCUCAACGGUUUGCAGCUGCCCCCUUGCUCCCGAUCUCCCACCAGUCCUUGGUGAUGCCUCCGUGCUCGCAUCCAUGCUUACAAAGGAAUGGUGUCAUCCAUUCCUCCACCGGAUCUCAAGAUCCUGAACGUGCCUGUAUUUGCCAUUAGAGAAAAUGAAUUUUGUUUUCCUCUUCUGUGAGUUGGGCCCCAGCCCAGACAGCUCCCUGGAACUCAGUUAUUAAAAACAGCACAUUAAUGAGGACUCGUCUGGGUGGAGCCCUCCAGCAGAGUCCAAGUGCUUCCCCAGAACUUCUGGCCCAUCCUCCCAAUAGCCUCAGAGGCUGUCCAGGGCCAGCUCCUCCCGACUUCUCCCAUUCCGCAAGGAUGCGGGGAUAUUGUUGGUACCAGAGUACUGGCCCUUCCCAGCUGGCCAGUGAAAGAGGACUUCACGAUGGGGGACCCAGGCACUAAGAACACGGCUGGGUGGGGAGAGUCCAGCCCAGCGGACACAGCUGGAUGGAGUGAGGACAGGCGGAUGGGGCGCCCUGACUGUCAGGGCUGGCUUGUAUCUCAGAAACAGGACUUCAAGCUCAAGGAGGCAUCUUUGAGUAUGCGGACGGCCCCAACGCCCAGGUCAUGAAUGCCGAGGAGCACGCCUUUCGAUUUUCUGCCAACAUCAUCAACAGAAACAGGACUCUGCUGCCCAACACAACCUUGACCUACGACAUCCAGAGGAUUCACUUCCACGACAGCUUCGAGGCCACCAAGAAGGCCUGUGACCAGCUGGCACUGGGGGUGGUGGCGAUCUUCGGGCCAUCCCAGGGCUCCUGCACCAAUGCCGUCCAGUCCAUCUGCAAUGCGCUGGAGGUGCCCCACAUCCAGCUGCGCUGGAAGCACCACCCGCUGGACAACAAAGACACCUUCUACGUGAACCUGUACCCGGACUACGCCUCUCUCAGCCACGCCAUCCUCGACCUGGUCCAGUAUCUCAAGUGGCGGUCGGCCACUGUGGUCUAUGACGACAGCACAGGGCUCAUCCGACUGCAGGAGCUCAUCAUGGCCCCGUCAAGGUACAACAUCCGCCUGAAGAUCCGCCAGCUCCCCCUGGACUCUGAUGACUCACGCCCGCUGCUCAAAGAGAUGAAACGAGGCCGGGAAUUCCGCAUUAUCUUCGACUGCAGCCACACCAUGGCCGCCCAGAUCCUGAAGCAGGCCAUGGCCAUGGGCAUGAUGACCGAGUACUACCACUUCAUCUUCACCACUCUGGAUCUUUAUGCGUUAGACCUGGAGCCCUACCGCUACUCGGGGGUGAACCUGACGGGAUUCCGGAUCCUCAACGUGGACAACCCGCACGUCUCGGCCAUCGUGGAGAAGUGGUCCAUGGAGCGGCUGCAGGCGGCUCCCCGGGCAGAGUCCGGCCUGUUGGAUGGAGUGAUGAUGACUGACGCGGCCUUACUGUACGACGCGGUCCACAUCGUGUCUGUGUGCUACCAGCGGGCUCCCCAGAUGACCGUGAACUCCCUGCAGUGCCAUCGGCACAAGGCCUGGCGCUUCGGCGGCCGCUUCAUGAACUUCAUCAAGGAGGCUCAAUGGGAAGGAUUAACUGGACGGAUUGUUUUCAACAAAACCAGUGGCUUACGGACGGAUUUCGAUCUGGACAUCAUUAGCCUGAAGGAAGAUGGCCUGGAGAAGGUUGGGGUGUGGAGUCCUGCCGAGGGGCUCAACAUCACAGAGGUCGCCAAAGGCCGAGGCCCUAAUGUCACCGACUCUCUGACAAACCGGUCCCUCAUCGUCACCACCGUGCUGGAGGAGCCCUUUGUCAUGUUCCGGAAGUCUGACAGGACCCUGUUCGGGAAUGACCGGUUCGAGGGCUACUGCAUCGACCUGCUGAAGGAACUGGCCCACAUCCUGGGCUUCUCCUACGAGAUCCGGCUGGUGGAGGACGGCAAAUACGGGGCGCAGGACGACAAGGGCCAGUGGAACGGCAUGAUCAAGGAGCUCAUCGACCACAAGGCAGAUCUGGCCGUGGCCCCCCUGACCAUCACCCACGUCCGCGAGAAGGCCAUCGACUUCUCCAAGCCCUUCAUGACCCUCGGUGUGAGCAUCCUGUAUCGCAAGCCCAAUGGCACCAACCCCAGUGUCUUCUCCUUCCUCAACCCCCUGUCCCCAGAUAUCUGGAUGUACGUGCUUCUCGCUUACCUGGGGGUCAGCUGUGUCCUCUUUGUCAUCGCCAGGUUCAGCCCUUAUGAGUGGUACGACGCUCACCCCUGCAACCCCGGCUCCGAAGUGGUAGAAAAUAACUUCACCCUGCUGAACAGUUUCUGGUUCGGAAUGGGGUCCUUGAUGCAGCAAGGGUCUGAACUGAUGCCCAAAGCCCUGUCCACGCGCAUCAUUGGUGGCAUCUGGUGGUUCUUCACGCUCAUCAUCAUCUCGUCCUACACGGCUAACCUGGCUGCCUUUCUGACCGUGGAGCGCAUGGAAUCGCCCAUCGACUCUGCCGAUGACCUGGCCAAGCAAACCAAAAUCGAGUAUGGGGCCGUCAAGGAUGGAGCCACCAUGACCUUCUUCAAGAAAUCCAAGAUCUCCACCUUCGAGAAGAUGUGGGCCUUCAUGAGCAGCAAGCCCUCAGCGCUGGUGAAGAACAACGAGGAGGGCAUCCAGCGGACGCUGACGGCCGACUACGCGCUGCUCAUGGAGUCCACCACCAUCGAGUACGUCACCCAGCGGAACUGCAACCUCACCCAGAUUGGGGGCCUCAUCGACUCCAAGGGCUAUGGCAUCGGCACGCCCAUGGGGUCCCCAUAUCGGGACAAGAUCACCAUCGCCAUCCUGCAGCUGCAGGAGGAAGACAAGCUUCACAUCAUGAAGGAGAAGUGGUGGCGGGGCAGCGGGUGUCCGGAGGAGGAAAACAAAGAGGCCAGCGCCCUGGGCAUCCAGAAGAUCGGGGGCAUCUUCAUUGUCCUGGCCGCCGGGCUGGUCCUGUCUGUGCUGGUGGCUGUGGGCGAGUUCGUGUACAAGCUCCGCAAAACCGCAGAGCGAGAGCAGCGUUCCUUCUGCAGCACCGUGGCCGACGAGAUCCGCUUCUCCCUUACCUGCCAGCGUCGUGUCAAGCACAAGCCGCAGCCUCCCAUGAUGGUCAAGACCGACGCCGUCAUCAACAUGCACACGUUCAAUGAUCGCCGGCUUCCGGGCAAGGACAGCAUGACUUGCAGCACAUCACUGGCCCCUGUGUUCCCCUAGGCACCCGUGGGCUGGGGACCGCAGGCCUGGGGACAAGGUGGAGGAGAGCAAAGGAGAGUGGAAGGAACAUCCCCAGUCCCCCUACUGGGCUUGGGGACAGGAGUUGCUGCCCGCCUGUUGGACCAGGAGCCCUCUGCUCUUCCCUACCAGGAAAGCAGCGGGCCCCCAGGCCAGCUGCUUGGGCGUCACCCUCCUCUUCUUUCUUCUAUGGGUUUCUAAAGCUGCCAGCCAAGACAGCCAAGGCCAAAGGAAGCACAGGCCUCUCUCAGGCCAAACUCACCUGCCCCUCGACUCUCUUCUACAGGCAGAAGUUUCUACCAUGGUCCUGCGGGGGCCAAAGGAAAUGGGAAACAGCUCUUAUAUUGCCACUCCUUCCCCGUGAGCCCAGGCCUCCUGGAACUUGACUAUGAGACCAGAGACACAGACCUUGGGGACCUUAAGGAUAUCAGAGUUCGGCUGCCCAUGGGAGCUGAAGAUGGGGGGAUGCCACCCACGUUGUCUGGGCAAAAGGAAGACUUUCUCCCCCAGGGGCUGCUCACGUGGUCCUGAUCUCCUGGACUUGACACCACCCGUGGCAGCCCCCAUUUUGGCAGAGUCGAAGCCAGAGAGCCCCAUGGGUUAAGAAAGGAGUUUGGCGUCUGGGAGCGUGGAGAAUGCGCAGAGACUGCCAUUUUGAAUUCUUCUGGACAAUGUCCCAGUGGGUUCCCUCCUCCAGGAGGUCUCUAGGUGUGGGGAGUGGGGGUCAGAGAAAAUUCUUCCCCACGUUCUGGCCAGAGGAGAGAGGACCCCCUGAAUCUUUCACAAGGGAUUCCCAGAGACACGGCCGAUAUUUGAAGCCCAGAGGAAGAGCGGAUUUUGUGGCAAUCCUGCAGGCCCUCGAGACAUCGGAUUUUACUUUCCUGGUUACCAAGCUGUUUCCUAAACCCUAGUGGCAUUAGGGAGCAUGAGCUCUUUGCCAUAUACUCUUCAGCAACUCCCAUUCCUGGCCAGUUGACCUUGACCUUCUUCUGUCAUCACAGAAGGAGAAAAGUAGCUGAGAUAGAAGCAAACGCCAUCACCUCUCCUCCAGAGAUGGAGGCUACUGCCUAGGCCAGCUUUGGGGGCGAUGGGGAAAGCCAGGGGGCCCUAAAGAACUUCUGGCCUCCUGGGCUUGCCAAACUAAAGAUGCUCCAGGAAGUUUUCAAGGAAGUUUUCAGGCUCAGGAUAGCCUCCCUGAGAAAGGCCACGAGGGUGGGAAGACACUGCGUCCCGAGAAUUAACCAAAGACCCCACGCAGAGACACAAGGUCACUAUGGGCCCUGGUCUCUUGUCCAGAGCAGCUGGGACCUUUUGGGGUUUGGGGGUUCAGCAGAGAAGUAAUAGCAGAUGAGGUACAGGGAAGAGUGGUCCCAAAGAGCUGGGGGUUCCAGCUCGCUGUGACGACUACGAUAGAGGUCUGUGACCCCAAGAUUCUGGGAGAAGUGUGGGACAUGGAGGAAUUAGAAACAAAGUGUCCUUAAAGAGAACACAAAGGGGCCAGCAGGGCUACCCACAGCCAAGAGCAGAGGGCGGGCUUUGAGUGGGAGUGGGGUGGGCAGUGUGCUGGAACCCAGGAGGAGACUCCAGCCAGCCACCUCCACCCUCUCCUGUUUCUGCUUGGGGACUCUGGUUAGGGAAGAGCUGCCUUCAGGUUUCAAGAACCUUCUCAGCGGGGAGGUGAAGGGUAACCUCUAGUUCCCCUUAGGACUCCCAAAGCGGGAGCGCGCAGUGAUAAAUACAAUCCCCCCUCCAACCGGAGCUGUGAGGCCAGACCAGCUGGUCUCCUGAUUCACAGCAGCUCCGACAGGCUCUGUGCACUGGUGGUGGGAGCAGAGGGCUGAACAGGCCUUGUGGGGACAACACGCCGCAUAGACAACACAUGUCAUGAUAGAAAAAGCCAUGCUGUUGUGAGCUCCGGGGUGUAGGAGAGUGUGUGUGUGCAUGUGUUUGUCUUUGUAUGUAUGAUCUCUGGGGGCUGGGCAUGGAGGGCAGAUGAGGCAUGUGACGGUCUCAGGCAUGCAAUAAUAGGAGAAAAUUUGGGGUUCUGACAUCUGCGUGGGCAUGAGUGUGAAUUGGGGGUGAAGGAGAGAGAUCAGGCAGCAGGGCCCCAUACAUGUAAAAACAGGAGAAGCCAUGUGGUAAUGGGGUUCUGGUGAGUAUGCAUAUGUACACAUGCAUACGUGACUCUGUGUGUGUGUGUGUGUGUGUGUGUGUGUGUGCGUGUGUUUGUGCACCGAAUGGCAGAGGAUGGAGGUCAGAAUCAAACCUGCCAACAUUGCCAAAUAUGUUUUCAAAGAGAAGCCAUGUCAUCAAGGGGCCCAGGUGUGAGCGUGUGUGUGCACGUGUGUGCAAUGGGGGUGGGGGGACGGAACCGCACCACCCAGAGCGAUGCACAUUGUAUGUGAGAAGCCAUGUGGGACUGGGGUUUGUGUGUGUGUGAGCACGCUCACCUGUUUGUGUUCAAAUGCACACAGAAGUUCCAGCUCACAGCAGGAGCACAGACGGACAAUCAGGAAGGCAGGGAGCCAGAGUCUGUGCACUUCUGUCACGGGGAGAGAUCCUGUGUCACGAAGAUUUGCUGAGAUGACAUAGGCGUAGGCAUGAGGAGGCUGGCCACGUGAGGGUGAAAUACUUCAGGGACUCCUGGCUGGUAACUCCUUUGCCCCAGGUAGAGUGUCCUGUUGGAAGGGAAAAUGACACUGGGGGAGGGGCAGUGCCCAGAUCGCCAGAUUCUGGUGAAGGUGUUUGCCAAUUUGCUCUCAUCAACCACAGACAUGGACCACUAUCUUUCUUUAGCCCAUCUAGUUUCAGAGCACGCGCCCUCAUCCGUGUUCCUAGCACACACGUGUGUAUGUGCUUUCGUGUAUGACACGCUCUGAACAUGUCAUUCCUUCUGAGGCUAUGCACCUAGGUAGACUGUGACCAGAGGAGGACAGGGAGGUGGCAGGGGGAGAAGGAGCAUCAGAGGAGGGGAGAAUGGCAGAAAUCAGAGGCACAUUUAGGGAAAUCCCCUGAAAGGGACUGAAAUGGUUUCUUGGGUCCUCAACGGAGGCAGGAGGACAGGAAGCAGGAGGACACGCUGCCUGAUCUCGCCUCCCGUUCAAGCCUUAUGUCCAUGUGUGCGGAUGACUUUCAGCCUCUGCUUGGAUGGCCUGUGUUUGUCUUUGGAACCAGCAAAGACCACUUCUGCCCACCUAUCAGCUGUGUCUCUCCCGAGGUCCUAAAGGAGCCCCUGCAUCUUGGGUGCAGAGCUAUUCUUAGCAAGGCAAGUCACAUGGAAUUAACGUUCAGACCUUCCUGCCAGCGGGUAUGGGGCUGAGCCCCAGGGGCGUGGGCGCAUGCGCAUGGAGGCACUGAGGCUGGUGGCUGGGAGCGAUGGAAGCAUCAACACUGGUUUGGAUGGCGUAGAAGGUGGGCCUGGGCUGAGCAAGUGCUGGGCUGUCCCUCUCUGGCCUCGCAGGCCGGCCCUGAAGAGAGGAGCAGCCCUACCUUCCCCCAAGGCUGGGGCCUCCUCUCAGCUGGCUCAAACUGCCAAACUGAGGGCAGCAGUGAAGACGCACACACCCCGCCAAGGUCUUGGGGCUUUGGGGCCCUGAGGCCUCCCCGUCUCUCUCCUCUUGACCUGUUACUGGUCUCUGUUCUAUGGACAGAUAAGAAAACCCUGAGAACUUUGUCACCCUUCAGGUGGCCCCCUGCUGUGAGUGUCUCUCAGAAGGUUAAGGCCCCCUUGGCCGAUAGCUGAUGCUGAAUCUCUGAAAGGUGGGAGCACCUCCCCACCUCACAGCCAAGGCUCUGUCUCCCCUGGGAAGAGCACAUGGGCUCCCCCAAGGCUCCAGGCAUGGGCAGAAGGCAAGUCCAGCCCAGGACAGAGCGGGUGUCUGGCAGUGGUGCAUGAAGGCUCCACGUGGUUAGAAGCCACUCCCCUUUCUUAAACUCCAGGAAAGCCAAGUCAGAUGUAGGCACAAACUCACCCAGAACAAUCAGAAGCCCCCUCCCCGCCAUCUUUUCCAGGGCAAGCUGUGCAUGGGCUUGCGGCCACUGCUGCUUCACUCAGCGUGAAGCUGACCCCUCCCCGAGCUAUUCCCAGCUACCUGCACAAACAGCUGGAAAUAGGCCCCGCUCCGGCCCACGCCUAUGGCCCUGUGCAGAUGGCCAGCUGGGAAGGGCCUAGGGGUCUGGACCAGCAGCUGUGUAGACAGAACAUCCAGGAUGGGCCCAGCCCAUGGACAGGCGCAAGAAGUGAGUCCAGCUCUGUAGGCAGGUCUCUGGAAUGGAUACAUUGGGAGCAGCCCCGGGCUGGGUGGACACAUCUGGAAUGGGCCCAGCUGCUUGCCCCAGUAGAAGGGCCCUGCCCUCUGUCCGCAUGCCAGUUUAAAUCAAGCCCUCGUUUCCAUUCUAGAUUUACCCUGGAGUUAAAACGUUCAGAGCUGGGGCCGUCCAGGAAAGUCACCAAACCGUUUUUGGUAGAAGGUUAAUGUUCUGUACAUUAUAUAUAUGAAUGUAAAAAGAUAUAUAUAUAUAUGCUGUAUAUAUAUAUAUAUAUAUAUAUGCACAGUGUAUAUAUGACCUGUAGCCCAUGUGUAUAUGCACCCGUCCCCGCACGUCUGCACACAGAGUGUACAUAACCCAGCCAGUACUGGUGGGGACCAGGUGAGAGAUGGGGGCUGCAGCUGCAAAGUCUGGGAUGGAGGCCGCCCAGGACGGGGGUGGCAGAGAGCCCCCAUGGGGAGGGGGAAGGGAGAACCCGGGGAGGGGGUGCUGGCAGAUGGGCCUUGCACAGCCAGGGCCUCCUGGGCACGGGCAGGAGUGGCCCAGGGACCUCGUCUGCAUCUGAGAGGGUCUGAGGCAAGACAGCUGGGCCCGUGUCUGGGGAGCAAGGUCAUACCCGUCCUUCACUCCUGAGCCGAUGUGACAUGCUGGUGUCAGGGCAGUUAACAGGGAACUGAAGGGUUGAGAAAGAGGGGCCACUCCCCAGACCUGCUCUCAACACCUGCCUGCCUGACCACCAGGUAGGCAUCAGGCUCCGCCCAGGAUACCGUAGAAGGCUGGACUAUUCUAGGCAGCAAAGGCCUCUGCCUCAUUCUCAACCCCAAAAGAAGGCAUGGCUCACGCAUAGGGAAACCCCUUUUCUAAAGAGAAUGGCCUCCUGCGCCUUGCCAGCAUGCCAGUCGAAUGUCCCCAUGCCCUAGGUAUUGGGCCUGCCCCCAAUCCCCUGCCUUCUAGAACAGACCUCAAAUCACGCCACAGCGUGUCUCUGUUUUAUAGAUCAGAACUCUGAGGCCUCCAGAUGCAGGAAAGCAGCAACAGACCCAGUAAUUCCAGCCAAGAGUCUGGCCCACCUCGGACAGCCUCCUCAGCUCCAUUGGACCCCGAGGCCAGGUGUCAGGCAGUGAGCAAGGAGCAGAGACGAGAGCAGACAGUGACACAGGGUGAAAGAGGGGAAGUGAAGCAGGCACUCCUGUCUGAGCAAAGUCCAGUGCCUCUGUUGGCCUUUCCUCCCCUCUGCACCUCCCCUUGCAAGGCAGCUGGCAGAGAGCACCCCCCACCCCGCAACAGUACCUGCAGAUCUCCGCCCUGCCCCUCUUGGAUCCGCCUGUUCUUCCCAUUCUAGUCCUGAGCUAGGGGUCCUGCUCCAUCGCCGGUCAGAGCAUCUUUGGAGCAUGCGCAAGAGAAAAGACCUGGAGUGGGCUUCCGCGUGGUCCUUGGCCAGCCCUCUGCUUCAGCCUCAUGCCUCAGACUGGUCUGUCCUUAACUCUGGGUCUGCCUUUGGGGUCCUGGCCAGAGCACAUCUGAACCCAGCCCCCUGAGGAGGGGCCUGUCCUGACUCCAGAGGCCCCCAUGCCACUGUGCUCCAAGCCCCCCACCCACCUCUGCCUGGGCCAGCCUCUUGGCUGGGCCUCCCAUAAUGGGGACUUGGGUUCCCAGGCCCCUCAGCUGAGCCCCCAGACAGCACCAUGUGAGCCCCCUGGCCUGUCCCACCACCCAGACCAGAGUGCCUGGAUGCCUCCCAACCCCACUCAACAUGGUUCCCACACACUGGUCUCUGGGCCAUUCAGGGGAUGCCCUUUGUGGACACGCAGAAUUUCUAUGAAUAUAGUUUUUUGUAAACAUUUUGUAACAAUUUGGGUUUCAUAGUAACUGUGUUACUUGCCAAUCAUUCUAGGCUGAUGUAAAUAAAUUUCCAAACAAAUCCGAUUAUUUUCCUUUUUAAGACACUGUGAUAUAUCAAAGUGCACAGUUUGCUGUAUGAAGUAAUAUGGUUUUAAAUUUUAAAUAAAGAAAUGUUUCUAGAAAA